AAGGGGGAGAAAAUAAAUAAACUGUGUACCGUGGGUAUAGCUUUCCAAAACUGCGCACAGUUUACUUAUCUGUCCACAUGGAUGUAAACUGACAAUCUGUACCCACAGUUUAAAAUCCGUCCCCACGGAUUGUAAACCUGUUUUCACAGGUCUGGUUGCUUAUUUGUCUCGCGAGAUCUGGCAACACUGAAGUCCAGAGCGCAUAUUGAGAAACGGCUACAGAAACGCACCAGUUGUGAGGGAAUUUAAGCAGGUCUGUCCAUGAGGAAAAGUUGGAGUGACUGUAAUUGUAAGCAACAAUGUCUUCAGUUGAGUAUUUGAGAGGGUUUGUCAGCGAGAGACUAACUGCUGCUGCUGAAGAAAUAUUGGGAGUUUUUGAGAAAACUAUCGUCGAGUACGAGAAAGAGAUCGACCGUCAGCGCAGACUGUUGGAUAUAGCUUGGAAACCGGAAGUAAGGUUAUACAGGACAGAGCUCCCACAGCAAGAUGUGUGUAAGGAGGAGGAGGUUGUCGCUGAGCAGCAGCUCUGUAUUGAGGAGAGGAGCUCCAGUGUGGACCAAGAGGAGCCAGAGCCUCCACAGAUUAAAGAGGAAGAGGAGGAAGUGUGCAGCAGUCAGGAGGGAGAGCAGCUUGAAGUGAAGCAGGAGACUGAGACCUUUCUAGUGACUCCUACUGAUGAGGAAAGUGAGCAGCAGCUCCUCUGUCACAGCUCUCAUGGAGCUGAGAGUGAAGAUGAGGAAGGAGACGAGCAAGGAGACUCAACAUCAAGUGAAGAAGCAGAGCCAGAACAACAACAUAGACGUAACAAGCGCAGAAGUCACACUAACCGUGUAGACAACCCCAACUUAUCAGAGAUUGAUCAUAAUACUCAAACAGAGCUCCCACAGCAAGAUGUGUGUAAGGAGGAGGAGGUUGUCGCUGAGCAGCAGCUCUGUAUUGAGGAGAGGAAGUCCAGUGUGGACCAAGAGGAGCCAGAGCCUCCACAGAUUAAAGAGGAAGAGGAGGAAGUGUGCAGCAGUCAGGAGGGAGAGCAGCUUGAAGUGAAGCAGGAGACUGAGACCUUUCUAGUGACUCCUACUGAUGAGGAAAGUGAGCAGCAGCUCCUCCGUCACAGCUCUCAUGGAGCUGAGAGUGAAGAUGAGGAAGGAGACGAGCAAGGAGACUCAACAUCAAGUGGAGAAGCAGAGCCAGAACAACAGAGUCACUGUGACGAAAGCAACAUUCACACUAACAGUAUAGACAACCCCAACUUAUCAGAGAUUCAUCAUGACACUGACAUAGGUAAAAAAUCAUUUGAUUGUGACACUUGUGGGAAAGCUUUCAAGUUUAAGUGGCAUUUGAAUAAACACGUUAAAAUCCACACAGGAGAGAAGCCGUAUUCUUGUAAACAGUGUAAGAAAGCAUACAGUCAGUUGUCAACACUAAGCAAGCAUAAAAAAAUUCACUCAGGCGAGAAGCCACAUUCCUGCAAGAUGUGUGGGAAAAGUUUCUGUCAGACAUCAGAAUUGAAAAUUCACAUGAGAAUCCACACAGGGGAGAAGCCGUAUUCAUGUAACGUCUGUGAGAAAAGAUUUAGUCAGGUGUCAACAUUAAACACUCAUAAGAGAACCCACACAGGUGAGAAGCCGUACUCUUGCACCAUAUGUGGGAAAAAAUUCUGUCGGGCAUCAAAUUUAAAGAAUCAUAUAAGAAUCCACACAGGAGAGAAGCCGUAUUCUUGCAACACGUGCGGGAAAAGCUUUCGUCGGACAACAGAAUUGAAAACUCACAUAAGAAUCCACACAGGUGAGAGGCCGUAUUCUUGCAAAAUAUGUGGGAAAGGAUUCGGACAGAAUUAUGGAUUGUUAGUCCACAUGAGAAGAGCCCACACUGGUGAGAAGCCGUACCUUUGCAAGAUCUGCGGGAAAAGUUUCUGUCGGACAUCAGAUGUAAAUGCUCAUAUGAGAGUCCACGCAGAUACUCUGAUGGGUCUCAGUUUAGAAGGCACGUGAGAUCACAUACAGGCAAAUGGCCUUGUAUUUCCAAAACAUGAAGAGGACAGUUCUGCUCUUGUGGUCAAAACACACAAGAACUCAGAGAAGUGGGGAGCGACAGAAUUGCAGCAU